AUGCCUGAACUCAUAACAAUUGGAAAUAAUAUAGAAAUCGAUUUCACAAAAAAUCCAAUGAGUAUCGGAUGUUUAAAUCAUUCAAUCUAUGAAUGGAUUAAUCUUCUAUCGAAAUUUUUUGUUCUACUUGUUGUCGGCAUCUUAACAAUUGUUCUUCCAUUGCAACAACAAAAUCUUAGUGAUCGUGAAAAUGAACAUUCUAAGACAAUAGCUUUGAAUAGCCGUUUACAAGAUAUUGCAUUAAUACAUGAUCAACAAAAACAACAACAAGCUGUAUUAAAUACAUAUGAACAAGAUUUAUGUAAUCUUACUCUUCAAUAUAGUUCUAUAUAUAAUUCUAAUGAUACAAAUGAUGAUGGCACAUGA